UUAUGUUACCUUAAUCCGCAUGAUAAAUUAAUACAUACAACGUAAAGGAGUGUCACUAUUAAAAUGUAACAGGCUAAAACGGCUUUAGGACUAUGAAUUAAAAUACAAACGUGCUUUCUUUAUAAGUGUAUGGUUAAAAUGACGAUUAACAAGAAUUCAAAGCAGGGCAAUGUAAUUGUGAAGGCUUUAAGGAAGUUAAAUGAAGACGAACUUGGAAAUCAGGCAAAGCCGCAAGAUAACAGUGUAUUGACAGAAGGAAAAUAUGAGCUGCGAGAUGUUGCAAAAGAUGUUAAAGACAAUGUUGUAUGUAAAGAUGAGAAUCUAACACCAGAUGAUAUACUGGUUCAACUGGGAGGUUGUGGAAUGUUCCAGUUUCUUCUGGCAUUCCUUAUUCAAUUUAUGAAGCUUGUCGUCUGCUGGGGAAUGGGUGGAAACGCAUUCUUCGCCUAUGUUCCUAGAUGGCGCUGUUUGGAUUAUAAUGAUGGAUCUGGUAGCAAUGGGUCGACUGGUUCGUCAAUAACCUUGAAUGAUAGUGCUAAAAACUUAAGUCUUGCCUCAGGUAAUAUAACGCAGUCGGAAGAGUACUGGAACAAGAAAUGUUACACGCAGUCUGGCGCAAAAUGCAUAAAUUUUGAGUUUGAGGACAAUAUUCACACACUGGUCAGUGAGUUUGACUUGGUAUGUGACAACUCCUGGGUUACUGCCAGUAUCAUAUCCAUGCAAAUGAUUGGGAUGAUGGUGGGCUCUAUUGUGGUCGGUAACAUAUCAGAUUUGUUUGGACGGAAGAAACCUUUCAUUUUCUCUAUGGCAAUCUUGUUCGUUUUUCAACUGGUUUGUUACUUUGCCGUCAACUGGAUUAUGUUUGCAGUUGGUCGCGUGGCUGUUGGAAUUGGCUCAGCCUUCUUCUUAAGUAUUUAUUGUAUAUUCCAAGGAGAGUACACUUUAUCAAAAUGGCGUUCAACCACGAUAAGUUUUCCAUCCUGGGCUUUAGAGAUGUGCUUGUUUACACUUUUUGCCUGGUUGCUGCAUGACUGGGAACACAUUACAUUGAUCACUGCUCUUGGAUCACUAGCUUUUCUUUCUUCUUGGUUCUUCAUUCCUGAAAGUUUGAGAUGGCUUAUAGCGAGGAACAGACUUUCAGAGGUACAUGGUAUUGUUAAGCAGAUCAGCAAAUGGAACAAGCGUUCUUUACCAAAUUAUGACCGCAUUAUCAAGGCAUUCACCGUACCGGAAGAAGAGAAGUCGAAAAAAUACUCCAUCCUUGUACUCUUCAGGAAACGAGCCCUGUUAAAACUGACGGUUCCCUUGAUGGCCGGCUGGUUUUCUCUUGGUGUUAUUAGUUACGGCAUCGGGUUUGGUAUCAAGAAACUGUCUGGAGACCUGUUUCUCAACAUAUUCUUGUUCUCAAUAGUAUCUAUACCAUCAAAAGUCAUUACCAUAUUUCUACAAAACAGGAUAGGAAGGAAGUUAACAACAAUAGUUGCAUUUAUGGUUUGUCUCAUCGGUGGUACUACAGUAGGAGUUAUACAGUAUAUAGAUACACCACUCAAAGAAGGUUUAAUAAAUGGUUUUACUUUUGCUGCAAGUGCUGGUGUUGACGGGGCCUGGGGUCCGAUGCAGACACUCACAGUUGAAGUCUAUCCAACAAUUGCUAGAAAUACUGGAUUCGGUUUUCUUAGUACAUUGGCAAGGCUAGGAGCAGUUGUCGGUCCACAAGUUGUAUAUUUAGAAGAUUAUGUUCCAGGACUACUUUAUUUUGUGGUUGCUGGACUUGCUGCUCUGUCUAUACUGUGUAUUUUCUGUCUACCUGAAACUAUGAAUACAACAUUGCCAGAUAAAAUCACAGAAGACCUUGAUAAACAACGCAGGAAGGAAGUAGUUUUGAUUGACCACAAACCAGAGGAAACAAAAGGCAAAUUUUGACAUGCAUGUUUUCACUGCAUAAAUAUCUCUUUCGCCAAUAUCUUUGUUUCUAAAACUCCAAAGGAUGCAUCCAAUUACUGCAUAUAGAAAUGUAGUGUACGUGUUACUUAUGCUAGUAGGAGAAAUGGCGUGAAGUUACCUUACGUUGCCUGUUGCGUACCUUUUACUUCAUAUAAUAUAUAUAAUAAA